UGGCCCAGCCUAGUGACAAUGUCCUGCGGUCCAUCUUCCAAGGGGGGAACCCUUCCUCUGGAUCGGCCGGGCCACUAGUCAAGAAACCCCGGCUGACCAAGAAGACUCCUCCCGGGACCACCUCUAAGUCUCCCGCUAAGGGGAGGGGCCAGGUCCCAGCUGCCGUAGAGAACAUGCCCCCACCUCCCCCGCGACCUCCGGUCCCUACUCGGGAACAGGAGGCACCACCUGGAACUCUGCCAGCUCCCACUCCCACCGUGCGCAUCCCGGUUAACACUCAGGCCUUGGAGAAAAUCCCCAAGGCCUUCCGAGGGACGGUUUACGAGACCGCGAGCUAUACGGUGGAUCAUUACUACAACGCCACCCCGAGGGACUUAUGGGAGAUCGAGACGAGGAGCCCCGAGAAUGUUAUGGAGUCUUCACUGGGGAUGACCCACACAGCGGCUUUGGCUCUACACCAUAGCAUAGCUCGGUCCAGGGCCAGGUUUGACGAGAUCAGAGGUGAGUUCCAGACUGCUCAGGCCGCUCUCGCGUCUGCAAAACAGCAAGAGCAAAAUGCCAAGGCUGCCCUGACGGCUGCCAAAGAAAGUGAAAAGGCCGUGCAGGUCGCCAUGCCUGCUGCGAAGGCCGAACUGGAGGUGGCCAGGGCUAAGCAAAUGGAGACCGAGGCUGCACAGGUCACCUUGGCUGCUGCGAAGGCCGAGCUCGAGGAGGCCAAGGCUAAGCAGUUGGAGGCCGAGGCUGCCACCGUGGCAGAGAGGGCGUCUUCUAGCUCCUCCAUGGAGGCCAUGCUCUAUCACUGCUGGGCCUUCAACCAGGAUGGCGACUUCUCCUUCCUGGCGCCUGAGGUGUGGGAGCCAUUCCUCGAGAAGUUCAAGGCCCGCCUUCAACAGGAGCCGCCUUCUAAGCUGGGGAGACUUCCGCUGCUGGCGAGCAGGAGGCUGAAGGGGUGACUUCAUCAGAGCGGCUUGGGGGGGCCUAGGACUUGUAUUCUUUUUUUUUUACUUGUAAUCUUUUACCACGAGGUUUUUCUUCGUCGAGACAAUUUAUUUCCCUGACCUUCAUUUCAAUCUAUUUUUAAUAUUGUGUUUGGUAAAAACUUAGUUUGCGUCAGUUUAUUGACUUUUUCUUCGAAACUACAAAGCAUUGCCAGUCAAUUUUAACAAACUUCUAAGUUUUUAGGACCUGGAUGUAUCUAGGACGGUUAACUUUAAAAACUUAGUCCGCGUUAAUUGUUAUUGAUACCUCGUGCUUUUUAAGAAAAACAUCGAUUAAUCAAUUUGAAUAAACUUCUAAGUUU